AUGUCUGGUGCGGCGAGUUCUACAUUCGAACAUUUCAAGCCGCGCACCGAGAAGUUCUCCGCGUGGUUAUGCCGUCUGGAAAAUUACCUACGCUACGAAAAGAAAACUACUCCCGACGAGAAGCAAUGUGCCCUCCUUGCGUUCAUGGGAUCGGAAGCGUUCAAACGGUUUUUCGAUAAAGUUCCGUCCGACAAAAAACCGGAGAAUCUCAGCUACGACGAAAUCACCGAAGUCCUACGAAAAAUCUACGAGCCAGGCGAUCCUGGUCGGUUCCCCGAAGAACUAAUCAACGCGAAGAAAACAGCUUCUGUCUUCCGUAACUUGCAUAGUCAUGCUAAUGCUAGCGAUGUCAACAAACUCCAUGUGGGAAAAAAAAUACAGACUCAUCAUCUCCUGGAAGAAGUUCCCUUCAAUUACGUCGACGAUCACGGCAAGAAGCCGAUCGAAAUCAUGGUGCGAAUACGCGACCAAGAGAUAAUGAUGGAGCUCGAUACGGGCAGUGGAAUCUCCACGAUGGAAUAUCCCAAGUUCAUGGGCAUGUUCCCGAAUGAGAAACUUCACAGGAAUGAUAUCAAGCUACGAACUGCUACCCGUGAACUCUUCGAACCAACAUGUUUCGCGAUUGUUCCGGUCACGGUGUAUGGUAAGAGCCACAAUCUCAAACUUUACCUCAUCGAUCGCCCCGAUUUUCCAGCUCUUUUCGGACGAUCGUGGUUACGCAAGACCGAAGUCAAUCCUCUCGAUGUGAAUCACUGCGAUUACGACGCCCUGAAUCACGAGCAGGAGGCGAAGAGACUUCUGCUCAAAUACCCAAACCUGUCGAAGGGAGGUAUCGGGAAGAUCCCCAAUGUGGAAGCAUCCAUUCAUCUCAGAGAAAACCCGAAACCAUCCUACUCCCGACCCCGCCCAGUUCCUCACGCGCUCCUGCCGCUGGUAGACGCCGAGCUCGAUCAACUUGAAAAGUUUGAUGUAAUCGAAAAGGUAGACGCUAGUGAGUGGGCCCAUCCGGCGGUUAUUGCGCUCAGAGGAAAAGGCGAACUCUCGAAAAGGAAAGCAAGAAUCUGUGGAGAUUUUAAGGUGGGAUUAAACCGUUUCCUGAUAAUCGACGAUCAUCCAUUAAAGAAUAUUCGCCAUGCGCUCGACAAUAUCGGCGUUGGAAAACGAUUCACGAAGCUAGACGUAUCGAAUGCAUUUCUUCAUAUGCCCAUACGCCCGGAGGAUCGAAAAUUCCUAACCGUUAACACACAUCGUGGAUUAUACAGGUUCAAGCGCAUGUGCAAUGGCCUAGCGUCAGCGCCUGCAAUCUGGCAGCGAUACAUGGAAGGAAUACUAGCAGGAAUACAAGGAGUCGAGGUCGUUAUCGACGACAUCGUCAUCUCUGCCUCUACCGAUCAGGAGCAUCUGAAGCGGUUGGACGCCGUCCUUCAGCGACUCGAUUCGAAUGACCUCCGGCUGAAUCUGGCAAAAUGUAGUUUUUUCGCCGAGGAGAUUCAGUUUUGCGGGUUCCGGUUACGUCACCAAGAAAUACACAAAUGUGACGAUAAGAUAUCUUGUCUCAAAAACGCCCCAAUUCCGAAGUCUCUCAAUGAGCUGAGAAGUUUCAUCGGCAUGAUCCAAUUUUAUUCUUCGUUUGCGCCGCAACUGGCCGACCUCGCCCACCCUCUCUACAAAGCGUUCAAAGGAGGGAAGGAUAAAUUCACAUGGACACCGGAGAUGACACAAGCAUUCAACGCCGUGAAAACUGAGAUGUGUUCCCCGAGAGUACUAGUACCGUUCGAUUCCGAGAAAACCCUUUUGCUGGCAACCGACGCGUCGUCUUAUGGCAUUUCGGCAGUACUUUCUCACCGAUAUGAAGACAAAACCGAGCGGCCCAUAGCAUACUACUCGAGGACACUCUCGGAUACGGAGAAACGGUAUACGCAGCUAGAUAAAGAGGCAUUGGGCAUAAAGGAAGGAGUCAACCGUUUUUUCUUCUAUUUGUUCGGAAGAAGAUUCGUUUUGAUUACAGACAGCAAACCCUUAGUUUCGAUUCUGUCGCCUUCAAAGGCUCUGCCACCGCUAGCAGCAAUGCGAAUGAUGAACUACAGCAUGUUUCUCCAAUCGUUCACCUUCGAUAUAAUUUAUCGGAACACCAACGACCAUGGAAAUGCAGAUAUGCUUUCGCGUCUUCCAAUGAGAAGUCGGGUUCUUGUUCCUCUGACGUGCCGUCCGCAGGUGCUGAAGGAGCUCCACGAAGGACAUUUUGGUUCGGACAAAAUGAAACAGUUAGCUCGACGCUACAUCUGGUGGGAUACUAUCAACAGAGACAUCGAAGAACUAGCCAGGCAAUGUGCGACUUGUACUCAGUUCGCUAAACAACCAUCGAAAUCAUACCAUCCUUGGGAGAACACGGAACAACCAUUCGAUCGCAUCCAAUGUGACUACGCCGGUCCGAUAGACGGAAGAUACCUCUUCUUGGCCGUCGAUGCUCACACUAAGUGGCUAGAAGUAAUGGUUUCAAAAUCGAAAACGUCACAAACAAGCCUUAAUCAUCUUAGGAAAAUAAUUGCCCGAUUUGGAUUGCCGAGAGUAAUCGUCACUGACAACGAUCCGACCUUCGCCUCGAGUGAAUUCAACAAGUUCUGUCAAGCGAAUGGCAUCCUUCAUAAAACUAGUCCUCCCUACCACCCCGCCUCGAACGGCCAAGUGGAACGGUACGUUCAAACUACGAAGCAGGCGCUGAAGAAAAUCAAAGCUGAAGGGGAGAAAGACCUCCACACCGCGAUUCAGCAAUUUCUGUUUCGCCACCGAAUGGUGAACAGUUCAUCGACAAACAAGACUCCGGCCGAACUCAUGAUAGGACGACAAUUACGCUCCCGACUCAACCUGCUUCAAGAGCGGCCGGCAGCGAAACACGCUCAAAUCAACGAGGAGGCAAAACUUCAGCCUAGCAUGCAAGUGAUGGCACGGGUUUACAAUGGGAAGGACAAGUGGAUUCCUGGGGAAAUCAUGAAACCUUUGGGAAGGAAAGUCGCGUUAGUCAAGACUUCUCACGGAACCUGGAAACGCCACUUGAACCAGAUCAGAUCGUCAGGAGGGAGAGCCCGUGCUCAAAGUUUCCAUGAAGCACUACACCCGGCGUUGUUGGUCGCUGAAGAUCCAUCGGAAGAACGGCCGUUGAACACAUCCAGCUCGGAGAGCGAGGACACAGAUGACUUCGCCUCGGUUGGAGAUUCGGAGGAAACAGUCGAAACCCAAGAGGAGUCUCCGACGCAAGACACCGUCAACGAUCAGAAAGAUUCCCCAGCAGAAGAGUUAGUUUCGAAUUCUGGGGAGUCUCUGACACAGGCGUUGGUCAACGCGUCGAGUGAUUCAUCGAAAGGGACCUCAUGCGAAAAUCCUGUGAGGCCUCAACUGGAUCUGCGUCGAUCGACUCGUAAGACUGCUGGGAUGCCUCCUAAAAGAUUCUAA